CAACACUUCAUUUUUUAACCAAACACUUUAAUUACUAAUAGCUCCCAAAACUUCAUCCAAACAGGCCAUAACGAGCCUGGAGUGGAAAACAAUCCACUGCCCGUCUGCCCCUUCCAUUCUCAUCACUGUUUCAAUGGCGUCUUCUGAAGCUUACCCCAAACAAGCCUCUGACGAAAUCCGAACUGAUGUUCUCUCUGCCGCUCGAUUGUCUUGCUACAAGGCACGCGACGCAUUCUAUUCAUGCCUGGGGAAAGAAUCUGGCAAGAAAGCUACUGAACUCGCGACUGUAGGCCUGUUGUACCCAGCGGAGUGCAAGAAAUCCAGAAAAGAAUUUGUGAACCAAUGCCGACCAAGUUGGGUGAAACACUUUGAUAGGCAGUAUUGUGUUAAGAAGAGGGUUCAAAGGCUUUUGGAUGAUGAUGAGUCAAAGAGCGGCCCGUUGGUACUCCCACAGCCUUAUACAUUCAAGCCCCCUUCUUCAAGCUAAUAUCACUAGUAUGGAUGUGUGUUAUCCUGGAAUAGUUUUUUUAAAUUUUUGAAUAGGACCAUAAUAAUUAUGUACAUCACUUCCUGUAGGAGCACAUAUAUUAUCAAGCAAUUAGAUUUCACUUGUUGAUGCUUCAUUAAAAUCAUCAGAAUUCUAUUUCAAAGCAGAAUGCCCUACUUUUUGUAGGGAGCAUUUACUUUU